GCUCCACCUCUUCCCCUACCCUGGACUCCUCUGCUCCCCAGAGGAAGGCUGAGCCGGGCCAACAGAACCCGAGGCUUUGACAGCUUGCCCCUGAGCUGCCGCAGAGUUCCCUGGUGCUCGGCGCAACAGGUAUAGGAUGAACACCUACCUUUUCAUUUAUUAUUUAAUCCAGUUCUGUGGACACUCAUGGAUAUUUACAAAUAUGACAGUCAGAUUUUUUUCUUUUGGGAAAGAUUCCAUGGUAGACACUUUCUAUGCUAUUGGACUUGUGAUGCGCCUUUGCCAGUCCCUCUCCCUUUUGGAGCUGGUGCACAUAUUUGUGGGGAUUGAAUCAGAUCGGCUUUUGCCCAGGUUUCUGCAGCUAACUGAGAGAAUAAUCAUACUUUUUGUGGUGAUCACCAGUCAAGAUGAAGUCCAAGGAAAAUAUGUCGUGUGUGUUUUAUUCUUCCUCUGGAAUCUAUUGGACGUGGUUAGGUAUACAUAUAGCAUGUUAUCUGUAGUGGGAAUUUACUACCACAUUUUGACGUGGCUCAGUCAAACUCUCUGGAUGUUCAUCUACCCUCUCUGUGUUCUUGCUGAAGCAUUUGUCAGCUACGAAUCAUUGCCUUAUUUUGAAACCUUUGGUACUUACUCCACCAAACUGCCCUUUGACUUAUCAAUAUAUUUUCCGUAUGUUUUAAAAAUAUACCUCGUGGUGCUUUUUGUAGGCAUGUAUUUUACCUAUGAUCACCUCUACUCGGAAAGAAAAAAUAUCCUCAGAGCCUUUCAUGUCAAAGAGAAGAAAAACUAAGGCUUUGUCAUGAAGACCGUCUUGUGCAAUAUGCUGCUGCUAACAUGCCAUGUGAAGUACUUAGAUUGAAAAAAUGCCAAAUGUUUGAAAAAUAGCUAAUAUUUUUCUUAACUUGGAAUGAAAUGGAAAUCCUUCCAAGGGCCCUGGGCAUUCAAAUAUGGUUGUUCUCUGUUUCAUACACAUUUUGCAUCUAAUAUAUGCUUCCUGCCUCACCACCACUGUGGAGUUCUGCUGUUGUUGAAAGUUAUAUAGGAUAUUUUUGUAGAAGCUUGUUUUUUUUUUCCCCUUAUAAACAACUGGAAUAAAUUCAACUGGAAUAGAGUCUCAAUUCAUUUUUGAAAGAGAGUCUAGUGGCCUAAAUUACUUCCAGUUAUAUACAUUUUUUUCUUUGCAUUUUUUUUUUCUUGUCUGAGUUCUCAAAGUAAAAACAUAGAGUCGGGCCAAGUUGAGAGCCAAUAUAUAUGGAAGACAUUCAUGAAACAUAUCCUGCUCUUGCCUACUUUAUGGAUGUGUUUCAAGUUUUCCACAGCUAGUAAUCUAAACUCCUAUCGGUAUUAAAUUCACCUGGAAAAGGCUAUGCCAUGCAAAAAGAGCAAAACUCUUUAAUUUCCUUCUCCACAGAACUAAAAGUUAUUUAGGGCUAAUAUUUUGAAGAGGAUAUCUAAUUAGCCUUGAAAUUUUGUCAUUUCAGUAAGACACAAAUGCUACAUCUUGUUAUAUCAUGUCAUGAUACCUAAGUACCACCUACUACAAUAUUGAUUUUUUUCCCUUUUUUAGAAAAGGAAAAUCAGUUCUACUGAAUGAAAUAUUUGACAAGAAAUAAGCAAUUAUGCAUAUGCAAUCAAAGGUACUUGAUUUGGUGUUUGUCAACUUUCAGAGUUUUGCCAGGAAUUUUCAAAUAUUAAAUAAUCACCUCAUUUAAGAUAGCA